CCUGAGAUAUAGAAAAAUAUCAAAGUCCCAAUCAUAUUUACUAUUCCACCCUCAUCUUCACUACAAAACCCAAUUUUCCUUCAUAGCCCCCCGUGUUCUAUCCAUUUUCCUAUUCCAAGUUCUUGUAACCUAUUUGGUUUGAGCCAACAAAACCCUUGGUUGGUAGAGGAAAAGCAGACAAGGGAAAGAAAAUGAGAGAAAUCCUUCAUAUUCAAGCAGGGCAAUGUGGGAACCAGAUUGGAGGCAAGUUCUGGGAGGUGGUUUGUGAUGAGCAUGGAAUCGAUGCUCUCGGGAAUUAUGUUGGCACCUCGAGGGUUCAGCUCGAGAGGGUUAAUGUUUACUACAAUGAGGCUAGUGGAGGGAGGUAUGUCCCUCGAGCCGUGUUGAUGGACCUUGAGCCGGGGACGAUGGACAGCCUACGGACUGGACCGUAUGGCAAGAUAUUUAGGCCUGAUAACUUUGUUUUCGGACAGAAUGGUGCUGGAAACAAUUGGGCCAAGGGGCACUACACCGAAGGAGCUGAACUGAUUGAUUCUGUGCUUGAUGUUGUUCGCAAAGAAGCAGAGAACUGUGACUGCCUGCAAGGUUUUCAGAUAUGCCAUUCACUCGGAGGAGGCACGGGUUCAGGAAUGGGAACCCUGCUGAUCUCCAAGAUCAGAGAAGAGUAUCCUGACAGGAUGAUGAUGACAUUUUCCGUCUUCCCUUCACCUAAGGUCUCUGACACUGUUGUUGAACCCUACAAUGCUACCCUCUCAGUCCACCAACUUGUUGAAAAUGCAGAUGAGUGUAUGGUCCUCGAUAAUGAAGCUCUCUAUGACAUUUGCUUCCGCACACUCAAGCUCACAAAUCCAAGCUUUGGAGAUCUGAACCACCUGAUAUCAACAACAAUGAGCGGAGUUACAUGCUGCCUCCGUUUCCCGGGCCAACUCAACUCCGACCUCCGCAAACUCGCCGUGAACCUCAUCCCAUUCCCACGCCUCCACUUCUUCAUGGUGGGGUUCGCGCCACUAACCUCGCGCGGCUCCCAACAAUACCGCGCCCUCACGAUCCCUGAACUCACCCAACAAAUGUGGGACGCCAAGAACAUGAUGUGCGCCGCGGACCCCCGCCACGGGCGCUACCUAACCGCAUCCGCCAUGUUCCGGGGCAAGAUGAGCACGAAAGAGGUGGACGAACAAAUGAUCAACGUGCAAAACAAGAACUCAUCCUACUUCGUGGAGUGGAUCCCCAACAACGUGAAGUCAAGUGUUUGUGAUAUUCCCCCAACAGGGCUGUCGAUGUCGUCGACUUUCGUGGGGAACUCGACGUCGAUACAGGAGAUGUUCCGGCGAGUUUCAGAGCAGUUCACAGUGAUGUUCAGGAGGAAAGCUUUCUUGCAUUGGUAUACAGGGGAAGGAAUGGAUGAGAUGGAGUUCACAGAGGCGGAAAGCAACAUGAAUGAUCUGGUUUCGGAGUAUCAGCAGUAUCAGGACGCCAAUGCUGAUAAUGAAGAAGAGUAUGAUGAAGAGGAGGAGGAGGAAGUGGAGAACUGAUCAGAGGGAUUCUGCUUGAAUGAAUUCUUGGGGUUUGUUGUUCUUGUUUUCUGCCUUCAAUUUCAUCCUGUCUAUGUAUACGUAUGUAUGAAUCAAUAAUCGCUGUGAUUGCUUUUUUUUCAUUUCUGUAAUUCUCAUUAUUAUUAUGCUACUUAUUUAUUGAUUUCAUUACUAUUUC